UUACAGGUAAAACAAAAUAUGAUACUUUCUCUUUGUUCUUACGAGAUUGAAUUCGAGGAAUUCCGGAUAAAUAUACUAAAGAGCUAAAUAAUGUAAUUUUGAAUUUUAUAUGGGACGGCAAAGUUAACCAGGUAGACAGAAAUGUCUGCUGCUUGCAUGAAAUAAAAGGGGAUAAUUGUCGGCUUCUCAUAUAGAUUUCAUGUUCUAUGAACGAUGCCUUUAGUAUCUGGAUCUACCUUAACCACAAAAUAAUCCAGUUUAACAAACAGCAGCACAAGAGGCAGAUGUAACAGGAUUGCCUCUACACUAUGUGAUUAUUAACAGACUAUUUGUUCCCCAGGAGCUGAUUAUUAACGGACACUGAAAUCAACUUUCCUGUAUCUGGUAUCCUGUUACAUUACAAAAGUUGAUUACAUGGAGAAACCUACAAAGACAUUCCUGGUUUAUUUGGACAAGCGAUGUUAACAGCAUUCAAUUUGACUUGACUAGACAUGAAAAUAUUUUAGUCAACUCACCGAAAUUUUGGUUCAGAAAGAGGACACAAUUGUUAGAGAAAAUGAAAGACAACGUUAACAUAUUUAAGUGAAGCUAUAUAUAUAUAUACAUAUUCGUUUUAAAAUUUGAUUUUAACAAUAGAAAUACUACUUACACUUUUCACAAAAUGACUGAAAUGGACAACAACAAAUCUAAAUCUUCUGUUGGAUAUUAUUUGCUUGCUUUUAUUACCCUAGUUUUAAUGGCUUCGUUAUCUCUAUAUGCUAUAAACAGUGGUCAGUUUAACAGAUUCAGGGGAAGGAUAAUUGUUGAACGGAACACUGUGAAAUCUUAUACUGUAGGAAAUACCCAAACUGGAAGAAUGAUUGAUGAGGACCAUACAUAUGCCAUAAAUGGUGUGAAUCAAUCAAUACUAAACGGGUCAACGUUGAAGUGUUUUGGACAUGAAUUUGAAAUUCUUCUUAAUCAGGACAAACUUUGUGAGAAAUCGCAUGAUAUAGACAUUCUUAUUCUAAUAUCAAGUUCCAAAAAACAGUUUAAUGAAAGACAAGCCAUAAGAAAAUCAUGGGGAUCCAAAUGUAACCGAAACGACACGGCAAUAAAGUGCUUAUUUGUGAUCGGAAAUCAUCGUUCAGAUGGACCUCGUAUUUCUACGAAGGAUUCCGGUUUGCAAGAAGAAAGUACAUUAUAUAAAGAUAUUGUGCAAAUUGACUAUAUCGACUCAUAUGGAAAUUUAACAUACAAAACUGUGUUCAGUAUUUCAUGGGCCGUGAGAUAUUGCGCGUCAGCUAAGUACGUAAUGAAGACAGACACCGACAUGUAUGUAAAUACAUAUCUACUCCCCUUUCUCACUAAAAAAGCGCCAACUAAGUUCAUAGGUGGAUUUUGCUGGGGUCCUUCCACCCCACACAGAAAUAGAAAUUCUAAAUGGUAUGUGUCAUUCAAAGGCUAUAGAGAAGACAAAUUUCCUCCAAUGUGUUCAGGGACUGGAUACGUUAUAAGUAUGGACUUAGUCCUGACUAUUUUACAAGUUUCGGAGCAUAUUCCAUUCUUUCAUCUAGAGGACGUGUACAUUGCAAUGUGCUUGAAAAAAAUGCGUGUUACACCAAACUAUUUACAUGGUUUUAACAAUAUGAAACCAGGCUUCACUCCGUGUUCUUAUAAGAAUGAUAUCAUUACAUCACAUGGCGUAACACCAAAAGAAUUGGUUACUUAUUGGAAUCAGACUAAAUCGUGUAGUGUUUCGGUAAUACCAGAAAAUGUAUACAAACCACGCCCAUUGCUGAGAGUUCAUUGAUAAUCAGACUCUACUGAUUAUGUGUAGAGUAGUUAAUUGCAUGGUCAUGUUUCCAACUUAAUCAAAAAUUGAUUCAGACUACACAUGCAAAAUUUACUCACGUGAAUUUCACAUGAAAUUCACGUGAACAAUUUCAUGUUAGAUUCACUUCAAACGAGCUUAUACAUGAAACUAACGUGAAAAUUUUCAUGUGAAAUUCACGUGAAUUGCAUGUGAAAAAAUUUCACAUGAAUUUUACGUGAACAUUUCAAAAACAACAUUGAUAUAUUUCAUGAUUUUGAUUAAAUUUGAAAAUUUAAAUGUUAUUUGAAAAAAAUUAUUUUAAAAAUUCACGUGAAAAAAAAAUCAUGUGGUUUUCACGUGAAAUUUACGUGAUUUUCACAUGAGAUUCACGUGAAACUCACAUGAUCUCAUU